AUGUUUCCCAGCAGACCACCUGUGCCCACUGGGCCAGGCGGUUCAUGCAAGUUCACUGUUGUGGAGACUUGUGAUAGAAUAAAAGAGGAAUUCAGUUGUAUGCAGCAGCAAAAUCACUCACUGCAACUCGAGAGGGAAAAGCUUAUCAGUGAGCGGUCAGAUAUACAGAGAAUUUGUGUGAUGUAUUAUGAAAUGGCCAAUGGUUUGAAUUUAGAAAUGCACAGACAGAUGGAAAUAGCAAAAAGGUUAAGUGCUAUACUUACUCAAGUGCUACCAUUCCUGUCUCAGGAGUUCUGUCAGCUGUUGAAAGAGCAAAACAGGUUACAAUGCAAGAAUUAA